GACAUUGGCUGGAGGGGGUGAGAAUGAAGGUGGGUAGGGGCAGGAUAUUGUCUUCAGAACAAACAUUGCAUGCUGCUUCAUGUGGCUAUAUAAUCUACUGCUUAAACCAGCACACUUAAAAAAUGCUACUCAAAAACGUUUUUGUUGAAGUUUAAGCGACAUGUAUUAAAGUGUACAUAUUAUGUGUAGCUUGAUGAAUCUUCCCUCCGUGAACACCUAUGUAACCAGCAUUCAGACUGAGAAACAGAAUAUUAGCAGGAAGCUAGAAAUCCCUUGUAUGUUCCUUUCCAGCUACCAUACCACUUCCUCACAACCACUAUCCUGACUUUUCUUAUUGCAGAGAUGAGUUUUGCCUGUUUUUAUACUUCGUAUAAAUUGAAUCCAUACAGUCUAUACUUGUUUAUGUCUGGUUUCUUGGCACCAACGUUGUAGGUCUAUCCAAAUCAUUGGGUGAUGUUCUAGUUAUUGAUCAUUCAUUCUCUUUGCUAUAUAUUAUUCUGUGGUGUGAAUAUAUCACAGUUUACUUAUUCAUUCUGUUAAUGAUGGGCAUUUGGGGAGUUUCUAGUUUUGGACCACUACAAAUAGUGGUGCUAAUAAUAUUCUAGUGCAUGUCUUUUGGUGAACAUAUGUACAUAUUCCUUUGGAGCAUAUACCCAGGAGUAGAAUUGCUGGAUCAUAAGUUAUGCAUAAGUUUAGCUUGAGUGAAUACUGCUAAUUUGCCAGAGUGUUUGUUCCUAUUAAAUUCCCAUCAGCAGAACAUGAGAGCUCUGAUUGCUUUCUUUACAUCCUCUCCAAUACUUGGCAUUUUUCAUGUUUAGCCAUUCAGCCAUCAUUGUAUACAGACUGCCGUGGACCUGGAAAUGCAGCAAGCUCCUGAUGAAAUCCAUCCAUGCAGGGUUACAUGCCGUUGCUGCCAUUCUUGCAAUUAUCUCUCUGGUGGCUGUGUUUGAUUUCCACAAUGCCAAGAAUAUCCCCAACAUGUACAGUCUACACAGCUGGGUCGGACUGACGGUCAUCAUACUCUACAUCUUACAGCUUCUCCUAGGUGUUUUCGUCUUUCUGCUUCCUUGGGCUCCACUUUCUCUCCGAGCACUUGUCAUGCCCAUACAUGUUUAUUCUGGACUCCUCAUCUUUGGAACAGUGAUUGCAACAGUACUUAUGGGAGUGACUGAGAAAUUGUUCUUUGCCUUGAGUGGUUCUAAGUACAGUACGUUCCCACCGGAAGGUGUUUUCACAAAUACCCUUGGCCUUCUGAUUGUGGUAUUUGGGGCUCUCAUUUUUUGGAUAGUCACUAGACCACAGUGGCAGCGUCCUAAGGAACCAAAUUCCAUCUUUCUUCAGCCAAAUGGAGGUGCUCAAGAGGGAGUGGAAGGCUCAGCAAUAAACUUUAACAACGUGGACAAAUCAGAUUCAGAAUUAAACAGUGAAUCGACGGCAAGGAAAAGAAACUUCAUCAUUGAUGAGGCUGGACAGAGAUCCACCAUGUAAAAUGUUAUAGAGAUGUGACCAUAUCACUUCACCUUUACAAACUAGCUCUACAGUGUGUAGCUUCUUUAUCUAGCCCCAAGAUGAAUGGGCCACAGAGCCAAUAUUUAUUUUAAUCAUAAAGUAGGAUUCCUUGGAAGAGUUUGUAUUGAUUGGGGCCUAUGAACUUCUCUAAAUUGGAAAGAAGAUGAUCAGUGUAAAUAAUAGUAGAUAUAAAUUGUGGUUAUGUUACCUCUUUCUUGUUGAGGACCAAAACAUUUAGCACAGUGCCUUGCAUAAAACAGUUGGUCAACAUGUGUCUCUCAAAAACAAACAAGCAAAAAAUAAAAAUGUGUCUCUCGGUUGGUAAAUUUCAUCAAUUUAGGCAUCUCUGGCCUCUUGUCACGCAGUCAUUUCCUGUUAAUUCUGGAAUUCCAGUCCUAACAUUUUAGAAUUAUGAAUGGGGCAGGGUUUAUGCUACACAGAUAACAUGAGUAGAGUACAGACAAAGAAUUUAUGAAUUUUUGGGAGCAGAGCCUCGUUGGCUCUCCACAACUACCUUGGGCUCAGAUUGGCCCUAGAGACCAAGGUUAUGUUAGAACAUUUUGGGGCAGUGACUGAGCAAACGUAGCGAAAGAAAUCUUCUCUUGUCAGACCUGGAAGUUUUUCUAAAACUCCACGUCAUCCCAAGCUUUCCCUGGAGUUUGGUGUACUUUAUAACCCCAGAUUCCAAACCUAAUUAGAAUGGAAUAUGCCUGAAACCUUAUGUAGCAGAAACUGCUCCACAAACUUCAAAGGGCAUUUUCCCCUCAGUUUCUUUUUUCAUUUUAGAGAAUAUUUACAUGGCACUUACUACAGGCCAGACACUAUUCUAAGCACUUUAUAAAUAUUAACUCAUUCGGUCCUUAAACUUUACUUGGUAGGUACUAUUAUUAUGUCCAUUUUACAGUUAGGAGAUCUGAGGUUAUUUUACAGAUAACCCCAGAGAGGUUAGUAACUUGCCUCACAGUCACACAGGUCAUCAGUGAAAGAACUGAGAUUUGUCACUUGGCUGUCUGAGUCCUUAGUCCAUGACCCUAACCACUCCACUAUGUUGUGUUUUCUAUUUUAUACUAGUUUGUACACUGCUGGAGUGCAGUGAGUUGUGAAAGUUUAACUUCUGGCUCUCUUUUCCAAGGCAGAUCCUCAAAUAGCCAAGGAAAGAGGCCCACGCAUGCCUGGAUCAUGGCACCCUGACUCAGCCAACAAGCCAUGGCCUCCCUCAAUGCCCCUUUGAUCUUAAAAUUGUGUCUUGAUGACAAAGAAAGAUUAGGAAAAGGGUAUCUGCAACCUUAAAGAUUAAUCAAUUACAAUUUUUGUUCUUCAGGAUUUUAGUUGCUGUGAAUAGCUUUGGGUUUGGAGAUAGGAGAGACUCAUCUCACGGUCUGCCCUUCCUGGCUGCUUAGAGCUAAGGUCCUUCCUGAUUGGGUGGAAUUUCAGGGGAUAUCUAGAGCUUUGAGUUUGCUGUAGUGAAUUGCGACUUAGAGAUGACAUCUUUUGUGCAUGGAAAUCGCGGUCUUGACCCUGGCUGCUUUAAAUUAAAACCUAAAGUAGUGCCUUUGCUGAAGGGAUGCUUUGCAUUUUGGGGUUGAUUUUUGGUUUCCCUGCACUUUUAAACUGGGGCAUGUUAAUGUGGGUUUAUAGUUUAUACUAAAUACAGUUUAUACCAAAUGUACUUUUUUUUACGGUAGGCUCACUGCCCAUAAUGGAGCCCAACGUGGGGCUUGAACUCACAAUCCUGAGAUAGAGACCUGAGCUGAGAUCAAGAGUCAGACACUUAACCAACCAAGCCACUUAGGCACCCCUACACCAAAUACGCUUUAUUUUCUGGUGCUUCGUGGAGUUCCUUUCAAGUUAAGUGGUUAUUACCUCCAUAGACUGAGUAUGAGCUUCUCUCCAUCAGACUCCUUAAGCUUCAUGCCUAACCAUUCAGGAUCCCCUAGCAAAAUACUGUUUUCUUCUUACUUAAUUCUGUUUCCAAAUUUGGUAAUGAUUUCUUAAGUAUCCGCAGUGCCCAGCCCAAUGCCUGGCACAUAGUGGACACAAUUAAAUUCAAUAUGGGCAGAGCAUGCUACAAAUUUUGGUGUUAAGUGAAAGGAGUAAUCGCGUUGUCACAUACAAACAUAUUUUUGAUAAAUGGAUGUUUCAUUACAUGGAGGUGUCCCAAAUUCUGGGAGUUUGAGGAGGGGAUAGGGGUCAGCGACAGUUCCAAUGACUGAAGCUGCCAUUCCAUUUUAUGUAGGCCAAGGAAGAGGUUACUGGUGAAAAGUUAAUUAUGGAUUUGGCACGAGAAUAUUCUGUUCCAUUGCGAAGGCUCUGAGCACCCAUCAUCUCAGCCCUUUAUUUUUUCUCUCUUGUGGGCUAAUGUGAGGGCAAUCUUACAGAUAUUAUAAGAACUUCUUUCUUUUUCAACCUUUAUGAAAACAAUGCAUAGUAAAAUAUAUCUAUCUAGAAAAGCUUUCUGAGACUCUUCUUUUAAUGGGAUUUUUAUUCUAAUGGUAAUUGUACCUUUAUCUUUCAAAAGCUGGUAUUUCCUACCUAAAGCCAUCUCUCCCCAAAAUAUCUCAUUAAAAAGUCCACAAAAAGAAAAGGGGAGAAGAAAGCCUUAGGUAUCAUUUCCAAAACAGUGAUUGAAAUCUUCCUAAAUAAUUAUAGCUUGUAUCAUAUGCAGAGAUAGUCUGGCUUGGCUUACCCCAUAAUCUAAUUUCAGGAAAAAAAAAAAAAAAAGAAAGCUUUUAUUUUAGCACUCAUCUAAAUCAACACUAAAGCCUUUUCUCCGGAUGGGUUUUAUUGAGAAACUCAAAGGAAUAUACUUUUUGAAUUAAUGUUCUCAGAUGCCUACAGCUUCCUGUGCUGCUUGUGUCGGACUGAUUUCACCCUCUGAAUACUUCCCUUCCCAUUCCUGGUGUGGUUUCAUUUAAGCUGUGCUGGUUAGAAACAGCAUCUCAGACCUUACAAUCAAAUGACAAAGAAGGCAAUUGCACUUUUUAAGGGAUACUGACAAGUGGUUCCUGUUUUCUAAAGGACAAAAUAAAGAGACUGUCUUGUUUUUAAUUAGGCUCUUUUCCCUGCUGAGUUGAAAAUUGCAGUGCAAUACCGGUUGACCACAACGCCAGAUCUAAAAGCUCAAAGAAAGAAGUAAAGCGUUAUGCUAAUUUCAUUUCAUUCAUCUAUCAAAUAUGAUAGGAUUUUUAUCUUGUUAUGUCCUUCUUGAGAUAACUCUGACAGAAAACUGUUAACUGCUAUGUCUUAGAGGUGCACAUAGGAAAGUCCAGAAAAAAGAAAACUAUUAUUCUUUAUCCCUUAGAAGAUCCCUGAACAUUUUUAAGUGGAAAAGAUUACUAUGUUUAAAUUUGCCUUUUUAUGGAAAAAUAUUAAAUAGCCUGAAUAUUUUAAAUUUUGUAGAAAAAACAUGCAUCUAUUUUUUCUUAACUUGUUUUUAUAUAGUAAUAAAAGUUAACUUGGAAUCGA